UCCUGAAAUAAGUAGAAACUAGUAGUCUUACUUCCUCUUUAACCAUCAUGUUCCUGAAAGUACAGGAAGUGCUCAACUUCCCAGCUCUGUGUGCUGUAUAUCAGACUAUUCAUUUCAGGGUAGAACAGAUCUGUUCCCUCUCUCUGCAGUCAGUCAAUCAAAGGGAUACAAAAUGGAGAUGACUGAGGCAAUUGUUGAGAAAAUUGAUGAUGAAGAAAACAACAAAGAUUUUGAAAUACACACCAGUAAGACUUUCAACAAGAUGAGCAUAUCCAGUAUUAGUAAAGAAGGAUCCUACAAGCUGGCUACAGUGUGUUUGGCGGUGAUGUGUGUGAUUCUACUUGUUGCCAUCAUAUUAUUCAAAUCACACAGCAGCAACAACACGAGCGAUGGGACAUUUCAACAACAGACUCUCGACAACUUGACCCAUGAGAUAGUCCAGUUACAGUCCCGUUACAAUAAUCUGACCAGAGACAGAGACCUCAUACAGACACUUUACAACAACCUGACCCUUCAAAAGUCACAGUUAGAGGACACAUUUAACAACAUGACCAAAGAAAAAGAAAUCUUACAGAACAUUUACGGCCACUUGAACACUGAGAAAUCUCAGUUACAGACCAGUUACAACAACUUGACUAGAGAAAGAGAUGAGCUGCAGAGCCUACGUGACAAAUUAGUGUCACGGCGCAUCAUGGAUAAAUGGAUUCGCAGAAAAACAAGCCUCUAUAAAAUCAGUGUUGCGAAGAAAUCCUGGAGUGAAAGCAGACAAAUUUGUUUAAAAAUGGGGGCAGAUCUAGUGAUUGUGAACGAUGAAGAUGAGCAGCAAUUCCUAGCAUCUUACAAGAAUCACUGGAUUGGUCUUUCGGAUACUGAAGAGGAGGGUGUAUGGAAAUGGGUGGAUGGCACCGUGCUGACAAACCCCUACUGGGCACCUGGUGAACCUAAUGAUGUAGAUGACGCGGAUGAAGAGGAUGGUGAAGACUGUGCAGAAAUCUCCUCAGAAGCUACAGAGUUUUCAAAAGCUUGGAAUGACAUGCUGUGCUCAACUAGAUUUCAAUAUAUUUGUGAGGACCAUAUUUGAGCAUUUCUAUUAAUAUCCUCUGAAUCAAUUCUCUUCCUGCCUGUAUGUGCAUUAUAGAAAUGUCUAUUGCAAAACACCAUGGGAAAUAGUCACCCGCAUCCCUCUUGCAAUGUUAAAUUUAAUCUUUACAUUUUUAAUCUGGGUCCGGGAUCUCCAAAGACGUUGUUGAUUUGUAGUCCAUUGCCUUCUGUGGGUCCAUAAAACGCUGCUCAGUCCCACCCAGUAGCGUGAUUCUGAAUGUGGCGGGAUGUCUGAAGCCAAACCGGGCACCCGAUAUGUUCUGUUAUUAUGUUAUUAAUUACACAUUGGUAAUACUAGACUUACAGUUUCUAGCAUAAUUUCCACUGAUUACAUUUGUGUCUGGUGUAAAUAGUCUAGGCCAUAUAACCUAUUCACCAUUACUAAAGCACAGUCACAGAAUACAAAGUGUAAAGGUUGCUGCUAAUAACACAUUUUGUUUGUUUGUUUCUUUGUUUGCUUGCUUCACUGCAAUAAUCAAAAUAUUAUAGUAGCCUAUUUUUCAUAAUCAACGUGUGUUCAUAUAGCCAGCAAAUGUACAUCUCAAUAUUGUUUUAGAUAAUACCAAGAUCAUCAUGUAUAGGCCCAUUUUAUUUUGACAUUGAUAGUCGAUAAACAGGGCAUGGAUAGAUUUUCUGUUAGGAAUACUCACAAGAAAUGUUUUACACAAGAGUUUGGAGAUUUGAUGUGUCAAAGAGGAAUAGUCCCACACUAUGAGAGCAACAAGGUUUUGUAUUUUCUCUUGAGGGAAGUGCAGUGUGUGCUGGGUCCAUUCUAUUGUAAUGUCAACCAACCAUGGAUGAAAACAAAAACAAAAGUAAUAAUGUGUCAUGUAUUUAUCAUUAUUU